UUUAAGGACAAGGGAAGUUACGACGCUUCAGUUGUUCGGGGCACGAAAUUGUCCUCCCAUUUGAACAGCGGUGCUCUAAUUAGUUCCAUAGAAAUUCUUCGGCAACAGGGGAUCUAUCUAUUCGAACGAACAAGGCCAAUUUAUGACAUUAUACUUGCUUUUAUUAGAAAAUAUGUGAAACAAGCUGUCGUCAGAGGUAUCACAUCCAUUUUUAGUGAGGAAAUGUUACUGCUUGUUUAAAGACAGACGAAAGAAAACCUGAUUGAAGCAAAAAGGACUCGAUAAUGUCGGAGGCAGGGUCGGAAGUGGAGCUGGUCAGGCUGAACAGGUCAAAAACAACGUCAAGAAUUCAUUACAAACUGGAACAUUCUGUUGCCGCGGCUCUCGAGGAGAGUUCGAUCAUCCGUGAUGAUACGAGCACAAUCAGUAGUACCGCACUCGGGAGUUUGACCAAUUCACGGAGUGACGUCACGCGGACGGACCCCCAAGCAGACGGCGACUCUGAAGUGACGGACGUAGAGAAAGGAGACAGAGUCGGAAAGGACGGGGAUUUUAUAGUUGUGAAGAAAAAACGCAGCGAGAAAUCGGGGCGGCGGGGUUCGAGAGAUAAAGAUGGGAAACGGCGGCACAGACAUCAUCAUCAUCACCAUCAUGGAAAUGGUCACCACCACCAUCAUCAUCAUCAUCACAAUGAUUCAGGUUCAAAGGUCAAAGAGGAAACGGAAACGCAUGUUGUAAUUGAAGUAGAGCGUAUGUCAGAUAUUGAGGAGAGUCCGGUAAAGGAGGAGGAAGGAAAGGUACCGGAACCGGAACCGGAAGCAGACGAUGAUACGCUCAAAGAGGAGAGUGACAAGGAGACACUGAAGGGAGAGGAUGAGGUCGAUGGCAUGAAGGUGAUAGCUGUGGCCGUAUUGGACGAUGACGAUGAUAUGUCCCCAGAAGAGAUAGAGAAGAGACUGAGGAUAGAACAGCUGUUGCGGCGUGAAGAUGAGGUCAAACAGAGGUUUCUGUUGCUAGAGCGGAGAGAGAGAGAGAUCGAAGAAACUGAAGUCAAGUUACAAGAAAGAGAAAAUGUUUAUAUCAGACGGUCGCAGGAGGUAGACGAACUCAAUAAGGAAAUCUUCACGAUACGUGAGACGCUAGAGGAAGAGAAGCGUUCCUUGCUUCACCUCAAGGCAGACGACUACCGGAUCAUGGAGACCACCAUGAAAAAGGCCAUAGCGGAGAUGAACAGGGUCAAGGACAACUGCAAGAACCAUGUAGACGAUCUUGCUGAUUUGCAGUUUAAGGUGAAAGACCUCGAGGACGAGAUAGACCUCAGGGACAAGACUAUACUGAACUUGACAGAACGGCUCGGGCUUACCACCACGGAGAUGCGGCGCAAGGAAUACGAGACAGCUCUCCCAAACGGUUUCCUCGCGCAAGCGGAGAGCCAGAGCGAUCUCGAGAGCAGCUACGCGGUCAGUGAGGGUGGAAGGGGAAGCGUAUCCAAAGGUUACGUGACGGAGUCGUCCAGGCGCAUCUUGCCUCGGUCCUCAACUGAGUUCACACGGCCCCAGAGUGUCAAAAUAUCGUCGAGGCCGAGCUCUGCUCGCCGCACGUCGGAAAGCAUUCGCCGCAUGAGUAUGCGUGCGGCGACCCCGAGCGAUUUCAACCGUGCGGGUAGCAUCAAACGUUACACUGGGAAAAUGAGCGAGACGUUGUCGGAGUUUUCUGAGCCCGAGAUGAGCAAUAGCAUGGACAUGCGACCGGAAUCUUCGCUUCAGGAGAGCGCGAGAGACUUUGAGACCCGUAGACGACCGCUUAGCGCCAGACCCGCCACAGCUUCCACGGGUGCCUCUGACGAAGCUGCAGUGCGCAGCAAAGCCUGUAUUGUCAUGUGAUGCUGGACGUCACAAAUACGCCAUGAGUACCAAUGGAUAUUCAAAACCAAUUUGAAGACCUGCCUUUCAGGCCGAGGGGUUUCAGGGCCAAAGACCAUCAAAACUGCUGGUGAAGUUGUGGUUAACUCGUCAAAACAGACCUUUUAUGGCAAAAUGGUUUCUGAUGGGCAUGCGAAUAUUUGCCAAAGAAGGAUUCCGCUUCCAUUGCUGAUAACAAUGUCAGGGAGUCAGGGAGGGCGAAGGACAGUCGCAUAUCGUCCAUCGACUUACGCCCUUUGAAAUUUACUUUGUUAUCAGUUAAUCACAAGCCCUGCUCAUCCCGUGACCCAGCAUGAUCUAAUGGUAUGGAAGUAAAGAGCGGACCAGUAUAAACAUUCUCGUUCUCCAAGCAGAGCGAAUGAUACUCCAACGAGGGUCUGACCGGAGACUAUCAACAUCUCUCACUCCACUGAAAGUUUGUUUUGCAACUUCUUGUUUCAAGCCCGAGUUUAGCGAGUCGGCGCAUAUGGAAGAAGUUACUUUGACCUGCAGAAUCAAAUUAACCAUUCCU